AUGGACAAUAAACGCUCUGCAGGCAUUCCGGCCAUCACAGGGGAAAUUGAUCGGUCCCAAGCCAUUCAGAUAUUCCCCUCGGCAUUGCUGCCGUACCGAUCUACAAUCUUAGCUUACGGAACAUCAUUCUUGUCCACAACCAUUGGAUUCCCUUUUGACACUGUCAAAACCAGGUUACAAACUUACAAAAACUUUACUUCCAACAUGGAUUGCAUCGUUAAGACGUUCAAAGCAGAGGGGAUUCGGGGAUUCUAUCGUGGCAUAAUGGCUCCUCUUGUUUCCACCUCAUUUGUGAGAUCAAUCAGUGUGUCUAUUUUCACAACAACAAAGCCUUAUUUCUACGAAGCAUUCUAUGGCUGGGAUACGCCAGGAGAAACAGUAGUACAUCCACUUAUCAGAAACCUUCCUGUAUGUUUCGCUGCUGGUGCAGCGGCAGGGGCAGGUGUGUCUAUUUUAGCAUGUCCCUUUGAGUUCUCCAAGGUUUAUGCGCAGAUUGCUAUGUUAGCACAGAAACGAGCCCGUGAAUCUAACCCACAAACAAAUGGGCUUUAA